AAAAUAAAAUAAAAAUUUCAUCAACAGGCGUAUAUUUCAAAAAUAUGUACCUGAAAUAUAAAGAUCAUCGUGCUAUUGGAAUGUAUACACUUUUUAAACCAAAUUUGCUAAUCGCUGAUCUCGAUCUUAUUCGGACGGUACUGACAAAGGAAUUUAAGAGUUUUCAUGACCGUGGAAUGUUUUGCAACGAAAAAAUUGACCCAUUAACCGGCAAUUUGUUCCUUAUGCCUGGAAAAAGAUGGAGAAAUAUGCGCGUCAAAAUGACACCUACAUUUACUUCAGGAAAAAUGAAGCAAAUGUUUUUUGUCCUGAAGGAAUGUAGCGAAGAACUCACAAAGCAUUUGGAAAGAAUCGCUCAAAUAAAAGAGCCUAUCGAAGUAAAAGAUACAUUUGCAAGGUAUACAACAAACGUAAUCAUGUCAGCAGCUUUUGGUAUCAAAUCUAAUUGCAUGGAGGAACCGAAUAACGAAUAUCGAGUCCAAGGAAACAAAAUUUUCGAUGCAAAUUCACUUAAGCUUGCCUGUACUAUAUUUGCACCGCAAAUUAUGGAUUUCUUUUCUAUUCCUUUCACGGCAUCAUCUAUCACGAAAUUUUAUAUGAAUAUGUUUCGAGAGACUGUGGAAUAUAGGAAAACUCAUAAUAUCGUCAGACACGAUUUUGUCAAUUUGCUCAUACAACUGAUGGAGAGGGGUUAUGUUGAUCCUGAAGAUGACAAUAAAACUACCAACGAAUCAUCAAACGUAAAUAAACUUACGAUGACAGAAGCUACCGCACAAAGUUUUGCCUUCUUCGCAGCUGGCUUUGAAACCUCCGCAACGACGAUGACAUUCACCAUGUACGAAUUAUCACAACAUCAAGAUAUUCAGGAUAAACUUCGGAAAGAAAUCGAUGAAAUGUUAGCAAAACAUGAUGAUCUGACUUACGACGUUGUGAACAAUAUGACAUACCUUCACAAAGUAAUAAGUGAGACUCUAAGGAAAUAUCCACCUCUUCCCAUUUUGAAUCGCAUCUGCACCAAAGAAAUAGACCUACCAACAACAAAUAUUUGCGUGCCAAAAGGAACAUUAAUAACUAUACCGCUACUUGGAUUGCAUCGAGAUCCAUCGAUAUAUCCAAACCCAGAUAAAUUUGAUCCUGAACGCUUCAACGCAGACGAGAUACAAAAAAGGCAUCCUUACGCUUAUAUGCCAUUCGGGGAAGGGCCACGAAACUGCAUUGGUUCCCGAUUUGGAUACUUGCAAACAAAAGUUGGACUUGUGAGUCUUUUGUCGAAAUACAAGUUCAAGCUUCAUUCUCGGACUCCGGUCCCGCUUACUUACAGUGAAAGAUCUGUUAUUCUUGCAGCAAAAAGUGGUGUACAUCUUAUUAUUGAGCCACGAUAAAAUUAUUUCUUUCUUGUGUAAAAACAUUUUUUAUUGACACAUUCUGACCUCAGGAGAAUCUGAGACAUUUGUAUUAAAAAUUAAGAAUUAAUAACAGAACAGAUCUGAUUGAUUUCUUUUGUUACUAACUUUACUCGUUUUAUUUCUUGUUAAUAUCAAAUGUUAAUAUUAAAUUAUAUUUUACUGUUAA